AUGCCUGCAAAGAUGUCUGACACCUACCCCUCCCACGCCGAGGACAUUGAGUCGAAGGACAACGCCACGGACUCUGGUUAUGUCAGUGGUAGCUCAAGUGAUGACUAUCUCCCUGAGAUUGUCUUCACGAAGCCACACCUGCGGUUUCUCAACAGACAGCUGCAGUUCCUCGAACCUCAAGAUGUCUUGAGAUGGUGUGUUACAUCACUUCCUCACCUUUUCCAGACCACCGCAUUUGGUCUUACUGGACUCGUCACUCUUGAUAUGCUUUCAAAGCUGGAUGUCCCUCGUCCUCAGAUGGUCGACCUCAUCUUCCUGGACACCCUUCAUCACUUCUCGGAAACCCAUGCUCUGGUUGACAAGGUUCGCCAAAAGUACCCCUUGAACAACAUCCAUGUCUACAAGCCCAAAGGCCUCAACUCUGAGGAAGAGUUUGCCAAGAAGUACGGUGACCGCCUAUGGGAACGGGACGACCAGCUCUACGACUGGGCCGCCAAGGUAGAGCCCGCCCAGCGUGCCUACCGUGAACUGAACGUUCAUGCUGUCCUUACCGGCCGUCGCCGUAGCCAGGGUGGCAAGCGUGGUGACCUUGACAUUAUCGAGGUUGACGAGGCCGGUCUUAUCAAGAUCAACCCUCUGGCCAACUGGACCUUCGAUCAAGUCAAGCAGUACAUCAAGGACAACAAUGUGCCUUAUAAUGAGUUGCUCGACCGCGGCUACAAGAGCAUUGGUGACUAUCACUCUACCCAGCCCGUCAAGGAAAACGAGGAUGAACGGUCUGGUCGCUGGAAGGGCCAAGCCAAGACCGAAUGUGGCAUCCACAACCCUCGCUCCAAGUAUGCUCAAUACCUGAUGGAGCUUGAGCGCAAGCGGCAGGAGGAGGCCCUGUCUCAGGCGCUGCAGAACCAGAUGACCACUGCUCAGUGA